AUGUCGUUGCUCAUCCCUGGUGACAGGAGAGGUGGUGCGAAGGGAAUAGAUACCUCGGGUGAUGGGAAGCUCAAUGAAGCGAGAAUAAAAACGCUAGUCUUAGAAGAACAGGAUAAAGCUGUGGCUGUCAUGAAGUUUGUUGGGUUUGAUGAAGAGACUGUGUCGGUUAAAAAGCUUCAGAAGAUCAAGUGCCCUCAGUCACACAAGAGAAGCUUCAUAUUUGACUAUGAAGAUCUGGAGAAACCAUUUUUCCAUGACAGGAAACCGCCAGGCCCUGCACUGCCAUGUAUGUUAUCUGAACAUGGUGAAUGUAUUCCAUACACAAUCAAUAGAUACUUACAAGACUAUCAGCGGGAAGGAGUGAUGUUUAUCUACAGUCACUAUGUUAAAGGCAGAGGCUGCAUUCUUGGAGAUGAUAUGGGACUUGGAAAAACAGUACAGGAUAUUUCCUUUCUGGCAGCUGUACUGCAUAAAAAAGGGACUCGAGAGGACAUUGAGAACAACAUGCCAGAAUUCUUACUCAAGAAAAAAGAAUCUAGACCAAUUGAAGCCAAAAAGAUAUUUCGAAUUGUUGCGCCCCUCUCUGUCCUAUAUAACUGGAAAGAUGAGUUGGACACCAGGGGUUAUUUCAGAGGUACCAUAUUGCAUGGCACUAGGAAAGAAGCUGAAUUUCCCUGCGUGAAAAGAGGAAAGUGUGACUUUGCCCUGACAACCUACGAGACUCUACACCUUUGCCUCAGUGAUUUUAACAGCAUCAAGUGGUCUGCUGUCAUUGUUGAUGAAGCUCAUAAGAUAAAAAAUCCAAAUUCUCAGAUAACACAGGAUAUGAGAGCUCUAAAGUGCAACGUUCGAGUCGGAUUGACUGGAACCAUUCUUCAGAAUAAUAUGGAAGAACUGUGGUGCGUAAUGGACUUGGCUAUACCAGGAUGCUUGGGCAGCCUAUAUCUCUUUAAAGCAAAGGUUUCUGAUCCAGUAGCGCACGGGCAGAAGCACGAUGUGACUAAAAUAAACCUAGCAGUGAGGAGGAAGGCUAUCAGGAGGCUGGCAAGAAAACUGUCUUGUUGGUUCCUGAGGAGAACCAAGUCUCUUAUUAGUUGCCAGUUUUGCAUCGACUGCUGGAGCACUGCAGGGAGAACAAAGACAAAGUUCUUCUCUUCUCCCUCUCUACUAAGGCGGCACAUUUGGCAGCACACCCUGCUGGAAGACAAUGAACCCUGUGCGGGAGAUGUGAGGUCCCACCUGGAGAAUGGCCCUGUGGACCAGGUUGUUGGAAGUGAAAAUGCCAAUGCUACUUUGAGGCAGUACAAGGUUCAGAAGCGCAUUCGGGGGAGCUUUUUGGCAUUCAGCACCUUUUUCGUAUGCAGAGUGAAGGGUCCUGUCUAG